AUGGCAGGGUACCCGAUCAAUGUUGGGAAUAUCAUGUCUCGUAUGAUCACCAGGGUGGUCAAUGAGAAUGAUAGAUCAUACAUGUUCCCCAACUUCCUCACAAUGUACUUCGAGGAUCAGGAUGCGGAGGGGAGGAGAUUGGAUUUGGAGGUGAAGCCAAAAUGCCCUUUUUUUGGACCCAAAGGAAAAGCCACUACUUCUACUAGCCAGUCUGAAGAGCCAGUAGUGGCAGUCCCUUCUUCUCAGCCACCCACAGCCACACCAGAUACUGCCCCAGGACCAUCCACUGCCACUGCUGCAGAUAUCCCUUCAUCUUCAGCCUACCCAUUGACUGCCCAUUGUUUGAGCCAAACCCUUGCCAUUAUCAACAACUGGAUGCUGGCAGCUACUUCUAAGUUGUUUGUGCUUACUAGCUUGGUGGUAGCCCAAUUCGUACCCCCACAGCCACAGGUUCCAGAGGCUGCUCUGAGACCUGAGGCUGGCUGGAGGAACCUCAUUACGGGUCCUCCAACUCAAUCACUGCAUCAUCAGCUCGGGGGAUCACCCUCCUCCUCUUUGGUUACCUCUCCAACUACUGCUCCGGCUCAGGCUUGGCUGCUGGAAUUGGGUCAUGCAAUAGUAGCUCUAAUGGCAAGUGAUCAGCAGCCUUCAUCUUCUCCACUUCUACCCUCAACUCCUUCACACACUCCUUUAAUGCUCGAGUCUUUCUCAGCUUCUUUGCUUCGUUUAUCAGCUCCUUCAAUGCUUUCCUAUGAGUACCUACAGCCUCCAAUAUCAACUGCUGGUUCUCUAGGAGCUUCUUCUGGAACUUGUGGCUGUAGGGGUACGGACUGGGCUGCCACUGAGCUAGAAAGCACAAAUAGCUUAGAAGUAGCUGUUGAAGAUGAGGGGAUAUCUGGAGCAGUGGCAGUGGAUGGUCCUGGGGCAAUAUCUGGUGUGGCUGUGGGUGGCCGAGAAGAAGGGACUACCACUACUGGCUCUUCAGACUGGCUAGUAGAAGUAGUGGCUUUUCCUUUGGAUCCUGAGGGCUUUUAUCCAGAGGGCUUGGGGUUGUCUGGGCUCUUUAAGCUAUACCAAAAAAGGGCAUUUUGGGCUUCACCUUCAAAUUGA